AUAACUUGAAGGAAAAGCAUGUAUCUCCUGCUGCUUCAGCUGCUGGUGAUCUCAGGUCUGGGAGAGUCUAGGCAACAAAUGCUGCAAGACCGGAAGAAAAGAAGUCAGCGUUCUUCUCAUGCUUUGAGUGAUCGGAGUCUUGUAGCACUAUCAGCAGAUGUUUCAGAGGAGGCCCAAGAAAAGCCAGAUUUGUUCGUAGCCAUACCCCACCUUAUAGACCCUGAGCUGACAGAGGCUCCCAGAGAGCAAAGAGAGAUGUUAUUCAGGUUCAUGUUUACUUCUGAGAAACAGAAGCCAGAAAGGCAUCUGGAAAUAAGGGAUCCUGCUAGGGAAGCCUUCAAACCUAGGACUCCAGCAAAUGCUGAGUCUGAUGGCAGAGAAAUCGAGAAAUCUCAUCUCCAAGAAGAAGCACAAAAAUUCUGGCACUACUUCUUGUUCAGAAAGAGCUCAGCUUCACAGGAGGUCAUCUUGCCCAUCAAAAGCAACGAAGUGUACCAGGAGACCUGUAGAACAGUGCCCUUCUCCCAGACAAUCCUACAUGAUGACUGUGAAAAAGUAGUCAUUCAAAACAACUUAUGCUUCGGGAAAUGUCGGUCUCAUCGUCUUUCUGAGGCUACGACUCAUCAUCAUGCCUUCUGCUCCCACUGUUCACCUACCAAAUUCACCACAAAAGAAUUAUUGUUGAACUGCACUGGACUCAAUCCUGUGGUCAAGGUGGUGAUGAUUGUGGAGGAAUGUCAGUGUAAAAUCAAGCAAGAUCAAGACGAGGCUCAUCUUCAUUUUGACUCUCAUGCAUAAAAACACAAAUGCAAUUAAUCUGUUCAAAGAUUAUUUUGCAAAUUUGGAGCCAAUACUCCCUCCUCUCAGAAGCCAAAAAUGAAACAAACUGGCCUUUAAGGGUGGGACAUCUGUAACAAUAGGGAGGAAACCCACUUAUAUUUGGCUUUGUCAAUUAACUGAAUGUUUUGUUUCAUGGAGAUGAGGAACUAUUUGGUUGGUCUCUAGUUUGGGGUCCCCAUCUUAAGUUCUCAGUGUCUUCUUUGAGGAGACUUAGCCUGACUUUAUGGGUUUCAUAUUUCAACCAAUAUGAUCUUUUGUGAUUUGCAGCCCACACAUUGUUGCUUGUGUACCAAAAGUAAUUUGGUAUAUAUUUGAAUUAUGUCUCUGUUUACAUAGGUUCUGAACCGGGUCUUCAGACCAUAGAUUUCAGGGGGAAUAUGAACUUAAUUGGGAAAAAUGCAUUUUUGUUUUCACUAACUUUUGGUUUUCUUUGUAAUCCUAGAUGUUUCAAUUAUGCAUUUAAAAACAUGAUUCUGAGAAGAGAUCCAUAGGAUUCAUCAGAAAGGGUCUGAUAAAAGAAAAUUGAGAACUCUUGAUUUUCAUUGGUUCAUUCCUGUGAAUAGGUUUUAAGCUCUUAGAGAGUUAGCUCUGUUUUGUUCUUAUCUUUGUAUCUCUGGUGCUAUCAUAUGGUAGGCAUUUAGUAAAUUCUUCUUGAAUUUAAUCAAAUAUUCAAAUUACUAACUCUAGUUAGUGGCAACUAUAUGCCUAUAGGUAAAUAAAGAGUAAAUCAGAGUAAAAUUUCGGUUUUUAGAGGCAGCUAUGUAGGUCAGUGGGUAGAGUUCUUGGACUGGAUUCAGCAAGACCUGAAUUCAAAUGCACAAAUAUACUUAUUAGGUGUGUUAACCUGAUCAAAUAGCUUAACUUCUGUUUGCCUUAAUUCUUUGGAGAAGGAAAUGGAAUACUGCCCCAAUAUCUUUGCCAAGAAACCCAUGGACAAUAUUGCUAUUCUAUUUAUUAUCCAUGAGUCAUUGAGAGUCAAACACUACUGAACAGCACCACAUUUUUGGUUUAGUUAGCAAAUGGAAUUUCCAGGUUUGGAUGAAUGUUUUCUUCUACUGUAGAAAAUCUAAACUGUGAAUCAUAAUUGUGAAGUGAUACAAUUAUAAGUCAUGUAAACCCAAUAAAAUUGGGAGCUGGGGUGGGGUGGGGAAUGACCAGUGUUGGAAUCUGAGGCAUGUUGGAAGAAUUUGUGACGAUUUGUUUAAGCUUCUCAUUUUACCAUUGUCUAAAAUUGUUUAUUUUGAGAUAAAAAAGAUCUCAAAAUCCUUGAAUUCAAUUAUCACAUUUUUAUAAAUAAUCAAACUGAGACUCAUACAGGUAUGAUCAGGGUAGUAUUUGAACCCAUUUAUCCUGAUUUCCUAUCUAAAGAUUAAUUUCUCCAGUGUCUCAAGUUUAUUGGCCAGGUCACAUAAACCAACAUUUAAGUUCCAAAUUCAGGGAUUUUCCAGUAAACCAUGCUACUUUUAUGUGCCAUUUGUAAUAUAGCCCAAAACUAUGUACUUAGUGCUAUCACCGUGCACAAAAAUUUUGGCUUAUUACUUUCUGUUCUUUCAUUUUUAAUUUUUGCUCUUAUCUCCCUCAGUCUGUUUUUUAUGAUAUUGAUGGCAACAUGUAUAUAUACUCUGUGUAAUAAUUUUUUGCUUUCUAUAAUAUA